ACGGUCUAGUCAACAACUCUUAUGUUGGGACUACUUGGAUCAAGUAGGGAGGGAAUAUCUGUGUCAAACUAAAGUCUCCGGCGGUCAAAACCGCCUGCCAACUCCUUUAGCUCAGUCACUUUUACUUUCUGGAUGUGCCCGCGGACGUGACUGAGUCUCCGGAAUCCGUUUUUGGCCGCGAAGUGAAGUGCAAAGCUGGAGAGUUGCCCGGCUAGCUGCGCUAGCUGGCUAUCUUAAGUAGUUACGCUAGCAGGCUGCCUUUUCGUAGCCAGGCGGCCAAAGUAAGGAGACGGGAAAAUGGAGCUGGAGGACGGAGUCCUUUAUCAGGAGGACCCGGGCAGUUCGGCGAUGAUGUCCGAACGGGUGUCCGGCUUGGCGAGCUCGAUCUACCGUGAAUUCGAGCGGAUGAUUGGGAAGUACGACGAGGACGUGGUGAAGGAACUUAUGCCGCUGGUGGUGGCCGUGCUGGAGAACUUGGACUCCGUGUUCGCGGAGAACCAGGAGCACGAAGUGGAGCUGGAGCUGCUGAAGGAGGACAACGAGCAACUUGUCACGCAGUACGAGAGGGAGAAAGCGCUGAGGAAAGGCGCAGAAGAGAGAUAUAUUGAAUAUGAAGACUCACAGGAACAAGAGAGAAAAGAGCUGCAAAGCAGGGUGGUUCUGCUGGAGGCCCAGACCAGACAGCUGGAGCUCAAGACCAAGAACUAUGCAGACCAGAUUGGAAGAUUAGAGGAGCGAGAAGCAGAAUUGAAGAAAGAGUACAACGCCCUCCAUCAAAGACAUACUGAGAUGAUUCACAGUUACAUGGAACAUUUGGAGCGUGCCAAAACGCAGCAACAUGCAGGUGGGGAAGCCACAGACACUGGAACUUUGAGCAAACAAAGGAAAGAGCGGCCUGUGUCUCUGGGAAUCUUCCAGUUGCCAGGUGGUGAUGUUAUGACCCCUGACCUGCAGAGGGAGCAUGUGGAGACUCCAGGGACAGACACAUGGAGAUACAAUGACCUGAGCCACCCUCGCUCUAACACCAGCCUCAAGCUAGAAGCAGAUGAUUCCAUCAGGAGAGGGGAGGGUAAGAGUGCCCAGGACACUUUGGAUUUCCUCUGGACUGAUAUCAGUGAGGAUGAACUCUCUGACGUCAACCGGGGAGGCUCCAAAUCAGCUACGCCCAUGUCCACGGCAACCUCAGAUGUUGCUAUGGCAUCAGUAGACACGCCCCAAACCGAAGAGGCAGAGGGACUGAACAGAAACCUGAAUUCCAGUAGCAAGAAGCCAGACAGCAGCAAAAACAUUAAAGUACAGGAUGCCAUAGCAACAGAGACAGCCCCUAAAGAUGUAAUUGAAAACGCUGAGAAGUCAGAGGUGCAGGCGAUUAUUGAGUCGACCCCUGAACUUGACAUGGACCUGAGUGGCUGCAAAGGCUCCAGCACUCCCACUAAGGGAAUUGAGAAUAUGGCUUUUGACCGCAACACUGAUUCCCUGUUUGAGGAACUUUCCUCAGCAGGCACUGACCUAAUAGGAGAUGUGGAUGAGGGGGCUGAUCUACUGGGUAUGGGUCGUGAGGUGGAACACCUGAUCCAGGAGAACACCCAGCUCCUAGAAACAAAGAAUGCUCUAAAUGUAGUGAAGAACGACCUCAUUGGUCGUGUGGAUGAGCUGACCUGUGAGAAGGAGGUUCUACAGGGUGAGAUGGAAGUCCUGAGAAAGGCCAAAGACAAACUACAGGAGAAGAAUAAGGAGCUGGAGGAGGAGAUUAAGAGGAUUCGGGCUGAGUUAGAGGUGGCUAAACACAAGGCAAAAGAGGAAGAUGAUAGUGAUGUGCCCACAGCCCAGCGGAAGCGAUUCACGCGAGUAGAGAUGGCCCGGGUCCUGAUGGAGAGGAAUCAGUACAAGGAGAGACUGAUGGAGCUGCAGGAGGCAGUUAGGUGGACCGAAAUGAUACGAGCCUCAAGGGAGAACCCAACCCUGACAGAGAAGAAAAAAUCCAGUAUCUGGCAGUUAAGUUUCAGUAGGCUAUUCAGCUCGUCCUCCAGUGGCACAGGCAAAAAACCAGAGGCUCCUGUUAAUGUUAAGUACAACGCCCCCACCUCAAACGUCGUGCCCUCAGUUAAGAAGAGGAGCAGCACUCUCGCCCAGCUGCCCAGUGACAAGUCCAAGGCUUUUGAUUUCCUCAAUGAGGAGCCAGAGGUGGACAACAUUGUGUCACGUAGAGAACAGAAGAGAGCUCAGUACAGGCAGGUGAAGGCUCACGUCCAGAAGGAAGAUGGCAGAGUACAGGCUUAUGGGUGGAGCCUGCCUCAGAAAUACAAGGCUUCAAAUGGUGGCCAGGCAGACAGUAAGGUGAAGAAUUUACCAGUACCUGUUUACCUCAGACCUUUAGAUGAGAAAGAUGCUUCUAUGAAGCUGUGGUGUGCAGCAGGGGUGAAUCUGUCAGGAGGGAAGACUCGUGAUGGAGGCUCUAUUGUAGGAGCGAGUGUGUUUUAUAGAGAUGUCUCAGGAGUGGAGAGCAGUAACCUCAGCCCACGACAGACAAAAGGCUCUCAGAGCAGCCUGGACAGACUGGAGCAGGAGCUGAAGGAGCAGGAGAAAGAGCUGAGAGAGCAGGAUGAGCUUUCCAGUCUGGUGUGGAUCUGCACCAGCACUCACGCCACAUCCAAUGUCAUAGUGAUCGAUGCCAAUCAGCCUGGAAACAUCUUGGAAAAUUUCUUCAUCUGCAACUCUCAUGUACUCUGCAUCGCCAGUGUGCCAGGGGCACGGGAGACUGACUACCCAGCUGGUGAAGAAGUGCCUGCAAACAGUGAGCUUGGUGGUGCUGAGGGGGCAUCACAGGCUGGUAGUGCAGCAAACAGCAACUUGACUGGCUCUGAGGGUGUACUAGAUGGAAUCACUGUGGUAGGCUGCUCUGUGGAAGGAACUGUCGCCAUCCCACAAACUGCCAGUGCACACUCUGUUGAGGAAUCUGAAGACUCUGGCAGUGUGCUGAGGCAGCAUAGGCACGACAGGGUGGCUGCAGCUGAGGAGGCCCUGGAGGCCACAGAGAGCAGCAGCACCACUCCAGCAGAGGAAAGUCACCAAGGGAUCUACACAGAGCACGUGUUCACAGAUCCUCUAGGAGUCCAAAACACUGGAGAUACACUAUCCACUUACACUCAGAGAGAAUCAGACCUGGUGAAAGAUGGAGUGAGCUUGGUGCCUGAAGAGCAAGACCUGAUGAGGGAGGAGGCCAACAAGAUGAGCAGCGUCCUGCCCACUAUGUGGCUUGGGGCACAGAAUGGCUGUGUGUAUGUACACUCAUCGGUCGCACAGUGGAGGAAGUGCCUUCACUCAAUAAAGUUGAAGGAUUCAAUUUUGGGGAUUGUGCACGUGAAAGGCAGAGUUUUAGUAGCCUUGGCUGAUGGUACUUUGGCAAUCUUCCACAGAGGAAUAGAUGGUCAGUGGGAUCUGACCAACUACCACCUGCUGGAUCUGGGCCGGCCGCACCACUCAAUCCGCUGCAUGACAGUGGUGCAUGAUAAAGUGUGGUGUGGCUACAGGAACAAGAUCUAUGUUAUCCAACCUAAGGCCAUGAAGAUAGAGAAGUCCUUUGAUGCCCACCCUCGUAAGGAGAGCCAAGUGAGGCAACUUGCAUGGGACGGUGAUGGUAUCUGGGUGUCCAUUCGUCUAGAUUCCACACUCCGACUCUUCCAUGCCCACACCUACCAGCAUUUGCAGGAUGUUGAUAUAGAGCCCUACGUCAGCAAAAUGCUUGGCACUGGUAAGCUAGGCUUCUCCUUUGUCAGGAUCACAGCACUGAUGGUGUCGUGUAACCGCCUGUGGAUUGGGACCGGGAAUGGUGUUAUCAUCUCCAUACCACUAACAGAGACAAAGAAAGUUACCCAGGGAACAUCCAACCGGCCAGGCAGCGUGAUCCGUGUCUAUGGUGAUGAGAACAGUGAUAAAGUGACUGCAGGAACGUUUGUACCUUUUUGCUCCAUGGCCCAUGCUCAGCUCUGUUUCCACGGUCACCGGGAUGCAGUCAAGUUCUUCACAGCUGUUCCAGGCCAAGUGAUCCCGUCCACAGGACCAGGAGGCGAGGCAGGCACUGACAAGCCAGCAGCAGACUCGCCUACACCUACAGAGUUCUCCAAGUCAGUCUUAGUCAUGAGCGGUGGAGAGGGCUAUAUUGACUUCCGAAUGGGCGAUGAGGGAGGGGAAGGAGAGGACCUUGAGGAAGCCACUCUGAAGCUGCAGCCCUUCCUGGCCAAAGCAGAGCGCAGCCACCUUAUUGUAUGGCAGGUCAUGGUCAGUGAAGACUGACCUCUUUUCUGACACUUUUCCACUCACAGCCUUUGCCAGGCAAGGACAUUUCAAGGAGCUUUUGUGCAUAAAUGUGUUUGUGUUCAGCCUUGUGUUAAGUAUUUCAUUUUGGAUUUUAACGUUUGUUCUUGCUCUUUGUGGAAGGGUGACUAUUGUUGCGUCCAGCUAUCAGGAAGUUCCAUUUGGUGGAAGUCUUUGCACAUUCACUUCACUGGCAGUACAUCCGCAGCAGCAAUACUGAUUAACCGGCUGUGAUCAAUCAGGACAAUCUAGUGUUUUUUUUUCUUCCAGAAUCCCCUUCUUUCAUGGCUUUUUUUUUCAAAAGAAAAUGGCACUGUGCAUCACAGUAAAGUCAGAUAUUGGUGAAUGGUUAAAAUGCUAAAUUCUGUUCUGUGCAAAUUAAGUUGCUGGAGGGCGAAAUGUUUGCAAAAACAAAGCACCUUCUUAAGUAAUAGCUGCUCUUAGGCUGCAUCAUGGCUUGCAAAAAACUUGCAUGCCCAGUGCCUGCUCUUUUCUGUAGGCUGCUGUGCUGUACAGUUUUUUUUUUUUUUUUUUUUCCUCACGUUUCAGGUCUUCCCAGAUAAACGUAGAGACACAAAGCAUUAAAGUGUUCUCAAGUCCUUUGUAGUUUCCGAAGUACACAUUUUCUUCUUAAAUAAGAAAAGGUUCAAUGGAUGGCAGAAUACCUGUUUCUAUAUGAAUGUUAAAUUUACCAAAGGAGUUGUAGUAUCUUUAUAUAAUGACCUUGUUUAUGAUCAGCUCUUAUGAAAAGACAACAGCCUGAUUAGAUCAAUCAUGGCAGAAGAAAACAAUGUUAUGCAAUACUGUUAGGAUCAUUUUUUUCUUUCUCUUCACUGCUUUUUUCCUCAAAAGAAAGCCUCUUCUUUGUGUAGAUUCAUGCGUUCAGAGACUAAAUGCCUAUUUUUAUGACACUUUUGUACAUUUGUCUUUUAGACUCUAACCGCAGGCCUCUGUAAUGCGCCGAGCGAGUGGGCUAACGUUUUGCUGAUGUUAUGCUGCUGUUGUGCUGGCGUUUGGACUUAAUAGAGGAGGCAGUGCUUUGUCUGCAGUUGUUCUUUCUCUCCAGGAGAGGAGAAACAGCUUUACAUUGCAAAUUUAGCCAUCUCAGUAUUUAUUUCUAUCAAUGAGCCUUUGCAGUUCAGAAUGUAACUUUGUAUAUUGAAUAUAAAUAUAUAUGAAAUAUAAAUAUGUACAUGAAACAUAGAUGGCUUGGAUUUGAUGUGUUCACAAUGGUUGUUACAAUUCGGAUGACUUGUUUUCAUCGAUAUUACAUGAGUGGAUCACUCUGAAUGAUUGACCACUGAAAUGUACCUUUACUGAGCUAUGCACUAUUUUAUAACGGAGACCCAGAGUGUGGAGGUGAGUGUGUGUUUGUCUUUGGGUGUGUCUAUACGUGUACGAGUGUGUUUGCUGUCAGUUUGUGGGGAGUUAGAGCAGGGUGUGUUUAUGCUGUCCCUAAUACCCCAUGUUUGGGCACUUUUUUACAGCUAGGAGUGGUUAAGCGUUCCACCCAAAGCCCCACUGUCAGGUUGCCAUGAAAGCAUCUGUCCCUCAGACAUGUUCAAUGUCAUAUUCCCAUCACAGCAUCCUAGCCUUACACUUUUUAACAUCUAUUAAACUGACAUUUUGGGAA